CCCGGGCUGGGGUGCGGAGCGGGGCGGCGGCGCUGAGCCACCACGGGUCACCCCGCGGGUCCUCCGGCCCCAGCAGCCGCUAGCCCCCGCCUUCUGCCCGCGGGUUUCACGGGAGAGAAGUGUCGGUAUCUCCCUCCUUCGUUACCGGGCUACGAGCACUCCCUGGAGACAUGGACCACUCAGCGCAUCCAUCCGGGGUCCUGGAAGCUUCUGAUGUUGGGUCUCAGAAGGAGAGAGUAGUGACAGAGGAGGAAUGGCUAGAAAAAUGGGAAAUGGGUAACAUCGGGUUUCACAAGGAAGAAGGGCAUCUGCUCCUCCAAAAGUAUCUGGAUGUUCUUUUAAAUGGCAGGAGUGGACUGAGGAUAUUUUUCCCACUUUGUGGUAAAGCAGUAGAGAUGAAAUGGCUGGCAGACAUGGGGCACAGCGUUGUUGGUGUGGAAAUCAGUGAGCAAGCAGUGAAGGACUUUUUUUCAGAACACAGUCUGCCUUACUGUGAGGAGCCAGUCCCUGAGAUUUCAGGAGCAAAAAUGUUCCAGAGUACCUCUGGCAACAUUUCCCUCUACUGCUGCAGUAUUUAUGACUUGUCCAGCUCAAUAGUUGGCAAGUUUGAUGGGGUUUGGGACAGAGGAGCUCUUGUAGCUGUGAAUCCAUGUGACAGACCACGCUAUGCCAGUUUGAUGAUCAGCCUAGUGGAGAAAAAUUCUUCUUAUCUCCUUGUUACAGUUUCAUAUGAUCCAAACAAACACAAAGGCCCACCAUUUUAUGUUCCUGAAUCUGAAAUUAAAAGUUUGUUUGGAAACUGCUGUGAAAUUAGGUGUCUUGAAAAAGCUGAUGCCUUCUCGGAGAGGCACAAACAAUGGGGACUAGAUUAUUUUCUGGAGGUGCUAUAUCUACUCAAGUUUGUAGCUUGAUUAAAAUUUGUUAAAAUUACUUGCUUCACACCUU